CAGUUUGUUCUCGUCAAUGCCCACAAGAUUUUAACAUUUAUGCCUCUAGUUCCUCUAGUUGUGUAAUUUCUCAUUGUCACUAUCCAUCACCAACAAAUUUAUACGUCCGUAUGCUGAUUUUUAACAAAAUGUUUCACAGCCAUUGCGUUGCGCUUUACAGCAGAGAAAGAAACGUUCUGCAUGCAUGAUGUCUAUGUUCCAAGCUUUUAUCGUCGGUAUCGGUCUUUGGUUGCAUCUGUCCCCUGUACUGUGUUUUCCUUGGAAUACCCACGCCAAGAAGUUUCGAUGUCCAGUGCCGUCCAAGGCUGAAGUCGACACCUGUCUGAAGACCGAUCGCUGCUGCUCCCCCGAGCCAGUGUUUGAGGACACGUGUUUCAGGGGGUGCAAGGAAAACUGUGAGAGUGAAUACAGUUUCUACGGCUGUUCCAACACCUGCCCGCCUCCACCCAAAGAAAACCUUAAAGACUGCGUCAACUACGACCCCCUGUGUUCCAUCCAUUUUAUGUCAAUUGACGUGGAAGGUCGAAGCUGUUUUUAUGGCUGUGUGAUGCUCUGUAUCUAAAACGCAAUAAAGUUAAAGUAUUGAUAUGUUUAUGUCAUGGUUUUUGUUUUUAAUUUUUCAGUAUUUGUUUCAAUGUCUUUUCAAUAUCAGUUGUGACGAAGAAUUUGAAUUACAGUCAGGAGCAAGUUAUUUUUUUCAAAGAGACAGGUCCUUGAAAUUACGAAAGUUAAUUUUUUUAGUUGUUGAAAAUCUUGUUUAAAACUGAAUGUUGGGUUAAACGAGGAUGUUGAAAGAUUGUUUAGUAUAUAUAUGCAUUUAUGGAUCUCUGAAUCAUUCAUGCAAGUAUGAAUCACCGUGCAUAGAAAGCAUGUUGUUGUUUUUGUUCAUGUAGACUUAAGCAUUUUCGCUGGCCAAGGGUUUGCAAUGUACAAUCCUCCGUAAAUCCUUGGCUAGCGAAGAUGAAAUACAUAGAAGAACCUUCGGAAGACUAUUCGAUAAACAUUUACAACGCCUGUCAUACUGUAUCCAGUGUGAUCAUUUAC